AUGGCAGCAACCGACGGCAAGAAGAAGCACAUUGUGAUAAUCGGCGGGGGCAUCAUCGGCUGUACAUCCGCCUACUUCCUCUCGCGCCACCCCUCCUUCGAUCCCCAAAACCACACAAUCACCCUCCUCGAAGCGACGAAGAUUGCCGGCGGCGCCUCGGGCAAGGCAGGCGGUCUUCUCGCUCUUUGGGCUUACCCUUCCAGCCUUGUCCCGCUGAGCUACAAACUGCACAAGCAAUUGGCGGACGAGCAUGGCGGCGAGGAGCGCUGGGGAUAUCGGGCGUUGCACGUGGGGCAAAUAAGUUGCAAGGGACGACGGUUGGAGGAGCCGAGUAAGAGUAGUGUCAAGGGGAAAGAUGGGGACAUGGACGGGGAGAAUGGUGGGGGUGGAGAGGCGAGAGUGAGUUUGCAGAAGAGGACUAAGGAGGCGAUGGGCAAGUUGAAGGCUGCUGGUAUGCCUGCCGACUUGGACUGGGUGGAUCCCGAUUGCAAUCCGUAUUAUGAUGAGAUGGGCGAUCCUAGUACGACGGCGCAGGUCCAUCCGUUUCAAUUUACGACUGCCAUGGCGGAGCUUGCGAAGGAGAAGGGCGUGGACGUUCGGAUUGGUGCGAGCGUGAGCGCAAUCAACUACUCUGCCAACGGUGACAGCGUCGAGAGCGUGACAUACGAAGACAAGCACAACGGAAACCAGACGAAAACCAUCCCGGCCACCGACGUGAUCAUCUCCGCCGGCCCGUGGACUCGCUCCAUCUACCCUCAAGCCCCGAUUGCCGCCCUGCGAGCACACUCCGUCACCAUCAAACCCUCGCGCCCCAUCAGCGCCUACGCCCUCUUCACCCAAAUCAAACUCCCCGCCGGUUUCGGGCAGAAAGAAAGCGGCAAGCUCUCGCGCGCCCUCCGUGGCGAAGAAAUCGUCACGCCGGAAAUCUACGCCCGCCCGAAGAACGAAGUGUACGCUUGUGGCGAAGGUGAUCAUCUCGUCCCGCUCCCGAAAUCUACGGAUCUAGUCGAAGUGGACGAGAAGCGGUGUCAGGAAGUCGUGGACUAUGUGUCGGCCAUAUCGGACGAAUUGCGUGAUGGCGAGGUCACGGCGCGACAGGCGUGUUAUUUGCCUAAUAACACGGCGGGUACUGGAUCACCGCUGGUGGGACAUGCGGGAACGAAGGGGUUGUAUAUUGCUGCUGGGCAUACGUGCUGGGGCAUUCAGAAUGCGCCGGGCACGGGGCUGUUGAUGAGUGAGUUUGUGUUUGACGGGGAGGCGAAGAGUUCGAAGGCGAAAGGGUUGGAUCCAAGGAAUGUGAUGUGA